UUUCCAUCGAGUUCCGGAAGUAUUCCGGUGGAUGUCGCGGGACUUUGCGGGACGCAAUCUUAUCCGGUAACGUGGAUUGUUUUUACGUACGAAAAUAAACACGGUUGCAUUCUCGUUGGCUCUUCCACGCUUGCCUGUGUUUGAAAGACGAGAUAGCCACAUGAUUGAAUGCGUGUUGCGUACAAAGAGAUGAAGUGAAUGGUCAACGGUAACUUUGAAGUUCGAGAAAAAGCUUCCACGGAGAGGAGAACGUUUUGAAGUCGCUUGGAGUCAACUGUUAAAGCUUCUUGCGCCCUAAGAAAGCACGUUCUAUUUAGAAUCUACAAAAAAUUGUAAUUCUGAAUAUUAGGUCGGAAAUCCAUCUGGGGGGGGGGGGGAGAGGUAAUAAAGAAGAAGAGCGCGCCUACGCGGAAGAUGUCGGUCGUCGUGAGAAUCGUAAGAAAGUGAGCGACUCGAUCAGCACAUCAUCAAAUUUAUUGCGUAGGUAUUGUGACUUUCGGGUCAGAUAAUCAUUGGGCACAGAAGUAGAAGAAGAGAAAAGUGACGACUUCAAUAGUCUGAGACCUCGUAUAACUAAAAAAGAAGAGGAAGAGCGACAUCGCAGUCAAGACGGAAAAGACGACUCUACUUUAAUUCCUUUGAUCUUCUGCACGAAAAAUCUAUUUCCGGCUAGUAUACGACAUUGCGGAAAGAAAGAAACUUGUCGCGUAUCUUCCUCGCGCGAGAUGACCGGUAAUUCUUUCCCGAGGCAGUCACCAGGGUGAUCCAGUCGCUAAUAUUGUGCCACAAACACGAGAGUUUUCGAAAGAACGAAUUGGACGAAUCUUAGUUUAGGAUAGAUAAAUAGACAGGUAGGUGAGUGGUUGCAAUCUCGCAUGGAGAUUAGGUAAACGCUCUUAAGGUUAGGAAUGACCGCAGCGCGUGACGAAGCUUCAUCAAAGAGGAGCGUCUUGUAGUUUGCCAAGUCUCUGAUUGUUUUCGUAACUGCUUUUCGUCGUAUUGCGACGUCUAGGUACACAACGCUGAGAAUGAUGGACGUAGAAAUGUACACGUUCAAGCCAUUUGUAUUUAUCAAGCCUGAGGUGAAAGGGAAGGAGCAACCGAAGGCCCGAAGCGGUCACCGGAUUGCUUGCGAUCAUCGGAACCUGUACUCAUAUGGUGGCUUCAAUCCAUGCGUAUCUGAUACCGACCCUGACAUGCGUGAUGAUCAGAUGUGGAGUGCUAGCAAACCACUGUUUAAGGAACUAUGGCGUUUCAAUUUUGUCAGCAAACGCUGGUCCCGGCUACCUGGCCAAGAAAAUAUGCCGAACGAGCUGGCGUCAAAUGCAGUGAUACUGUGUGGCAAUACGUUGAUGGUGUAUGGUGGUACCGGUGUACCAUUUGGCGAGAGCUGUAGCAAUCAGCUGUAUGUCUGCAAUGUAGACGACGGUGCCAUCAACGUCGUGCCAGCCAUAGGCGAGCUACCUGAACCUCAGUAUGGACAGGCAUUAGUAUGCCAUGGUUCCUAUCUCUAUACAGUUGGUGGCACUACUGGUUAUGAAUAUACCUGUGACAUUCAUCGCUUCGAUCUGAGAAGAAGUAUCUGGGAGGUAGUAUAUAUUUGUUCAGGCAAGGAUGAAUUAGAACCACAUGGCAGAUACAGACACGAGCUUGCUUUUGAUGGCAAGAUGAUCUAUGUUUUGGGUGGUGGUACUUCGACAGAAUCAUAUGGUUUUUUGGAAAUACCCGCGUUUGAUUUGAAGACUAACAGUUGGAAGAUUUUAAACACGCAUGGCGAAACUGAAGAGACUAUGGUACCGGCGCCACGACGUUGUCACGGUUCUGUGCAGUACACAGACGAGAGGAACGGCGUUACUUCGGUCGUCAUAUCGGGCGGUUACAAUGGCGAUCGAGUAUUUAAUGACGUUUGGCGACUUAAUCUUAGCACACUGCGAUGGACACGCUUGCGAGAAUGCAUCCUACCAUGCCCAGUAUACUUUCAUUCGGCCGCGCUGACUCCGGAAGGUCGCAUGUACAUAUUCGGCGGUAUAGUCAAAAUGAACAACAAGGUGAAAAGAACAAACGCGGUUUAUUCUGCUUGGCUAACAAUUCCCAAAUUGUCCGAGAUCUGCUGGGAAGCGUUGAAUUAUUAUUGGGAGGAUUUGAAAGACGCUUCACCGGACGAGUUGCUUAGCAUGGGGAUACCAUUAAAAUUUGUACAAAGACUUGAAUUCUGCGACUGGUGAACGAUUAGUUUCCUCGAUAUCUUCAAAUUCUCAAAUCAGAUGUUUUUUACGCUAUACGCACUUUAAAAUGUUCGGCUACGCUUCGAUCAUUCGAUAUUUAGAUUUAUAUAAAGGUGGUUCAACUUCUGAAAUUUUUGAUUUUUUGAGAAAUGAUGAAGUGCCGAAUUCUCAUAUCUCUUGUAGCAAUAAAGGAGUUCCUCCUGUUAUAGAAUAAUUCGAAACGCACUGUGGUUAUAAAAUAAUGGCAGUAAACAUGGGGUGUUUUCCAACAACGUACACAGGUGACACAGUGUAUCUUACACAAAGUGUUCCAACUAUAACACAGUGUUACACUGCUCGACAUAGUAAAAGGCUAAGUACGAGCGUGUAAUAUUUGUCGGUGUUACUAACUUUUAAAAUAGUUAUUUGGUAGCUGUACUUAUUU